UUCUGACACUCUAUUUAUUACUGACAUAUUAUUAUCUGAUUUUGUACUAAACGUGUUUAUUAUUUUAAUAUAUUUAUAAUGGCAUUAACUAAAGAAGAGAAAAGGGCAAAAAAGGAAGCAAAAAGAUUGGAAAAAUUAAAAGCAGAAGAGGAACUACGGAAAAAACUAAAACGCGAUGAACUCCAACGUGAAAUGGCUGCUCAAGCAUUAAAGAGAGACGAAUUGGAUAGAACCUGGCGUGAACUAAUGCUGAAGAUCAAAGAACCCGUUUUUAGACAGGAUAUUGAAGUUAUGUGGCAUACGUUUGAAAGAGUAUAUGAUAAGAAAGAUUAUUUAAUUAAUCAUACAAUGAAAUUAAUGGAUGUUGCUGAUGAUCAAUUCCAACGAACUGUAGCGAGUUUUUGUGACACCAUUGACACAAUGAUCAAUAAAUUCUUGUGUGAUUUAGAAGACAUGUCUAAAGAAAAUGAACGUAGAACUUCUGGGUUGUUGAAACGGGGCGAAGACGAUACGAUACAGAUUAUGACAGAUCAUAAUACGGCAGAAACACAUUUACAAUUAUUAUUAUACCACGGACGAAAUACGGCUGACACUUUGGCGUGGACAACACGUGGUGAGAAUCUUGUUAAAGAGGACGAGGAACGCGUGAAAUAUGCUAAUGAUAGAGAAAAUCUGCGCUCAUACCUGGAAAAUAAUUACAACACUCUAUGGGAGCAAUAUAAAGCAGUUCUUAAAGCCUAUGUUGUUGAUACAGCUGAUAAUCAAAAGCAGGUGCGUAAAUUACGCCGUAAAGAAAAUUUAAUGGCGGAUAUUAUAGCUUCACAAAGUAAAAAAAUAGCCAGUAGCGAUGGGAUUUUAAAGCGACUGCGAACAGAAUUAGCUGCUUAUGAAUCGGGAACAAAGCAAGCGGUAUUCAGAGACCGUCGUAAUAGACAUAGAGCUGCUUGUUAUCGAUUAAAGCAAUGUCUAAUAAAUGGAUGUAAUACAGAUGUAAAACAAUUGGCAAUCUUAGUAAAACUUUCCGAUAGUUCUAUUGAAUGGCUUGAACAAGCAGCUAAGAAGGGUGAAAAAAUACUUCGGAUGGCCGCACUUUGCAGGAAAUUUGAAACAAGACGGGAAAAAGUUCUUCCAUUUGGAUCAACGUUACCCCAUUCACCAACACAAGCUAAUGUACGCAAACAACAAUUCGACGACUCAUUAGUUGUUAAUGCUAUAUCAAGCACUUGUGGUUUGACCCGUCUUUGGCAGCGCAUCGCAAAAGCGGAGUUAACUAAACGAGCUCUGUUACGUGAAAAAAUGCUACUUCAACAUGAAAAUGCUCUUAUAAUGAAAAAAAUAGAGGAAUACAAAGAGAGAAAAAUAGGCCCAGAAAUACAGAUAUGUAGUUGUAAUAAACAUGGACUAAUAAAAUCAGUAUCACGACCUACUGCUGUUGAUGGUGCUUUAGAAAUUAGUAAAUACAACAAAGGUUAAUCAUAAUCUCAUGAUAUCAAAUUAAUAGUUAUAGUUUUGAGUAUAAAGCUCUAGUUAUCAUGAUGGACUAGAUCAUCAGGUUGAUGUGUCAUAACACAACAGCGCACAGGCACCACCUAUUGCAAGCAAUGACUUGUGCAAGGAAAGAGCUUAUUCCUUUUUAUAAGACCAACAACGUACUUGCAAUUCCCCUGGUGUUGAGCGUGCUCAUGGGCGGCGGUAACCACUUACCAUCAGGUGAGCCGCAUGCUCGUUUGUGCCCUGAGUUAUAAAAAAAAAGAACCUUAAAAGGUGCAAAUGAUUUUUAUAUUGUAUUGCCUUUGUCACUUGCAAGCCAUUUAUUUUAU